AUGGGCUUCCAACGCACAGACUGCCUAUCAAAGCAUCUGUUAAGGAUCUUUGAAAAACUUGGAUCAACAGUAGGCUCUUGUCCCUUUUAUUUUUUCAUUAUUCCUAUCAUUGUCUCAGCAGCGCUCGGCGGCGGCUUCAUUUUUCUCAAGGAGAUGGAGGAUAGUGAUCUUGAGCGGCAAUUUACACCCAGGAAGGGACCCUCAAAAGUAACAAGAGCGUUUGUAAGGGAAAACUUUCCCUACGAUUAUGCCAUGUUUUCUGAAGAAAGGCUGUUCAACAAGGGCAACUUUGCAUCCAUCAUUGCCGUGUCAACAAACACUGACAGUAUACUAGAAAAUUCUACCUUUCAGGACGUCAUCAGACUCAACAACAAGAUCCUUAAUAUCCCUGUGGACAACGUGCGGCUGGGGUUUAAAGAGCUUUGUGCCAGAGCCAAUGGUGGAUGUGUCUCAAAUGCUGUCCUGGAAAUAGCCAGCUCUGAUAAAACCAACAUCACCUACCCUAGACAUACACACAAAUCCAGUUCAGUCUUUCUGGGUUCUGUGCUUGGUGGAGUUACUACAGACGCCAACGGCACAGUUAGACAUGCUCAGGCUGUAAAACUCAACUAUCAUCUAGAGGAUCAGGAAAGUACUGCUGAGGCCACAACAUCAUGGCUGAGAGGAUUCACAGAACUCCUGUCGGGUGAAGUGGAAAGCAAACACAUUGAUGUGUCCUACUACACCUCAAAAUCCAAGCAAGAGGAGAUUGACAGUCACAUCACAGAUGGCUUCCCGUUAUUCCUCAUCACUUAUGCCUGUGCUAUCACCCUCUCGGUGAUAUCCUGCCUGAGACGGGACAACGUAAGGAACAAGGUGUGGGUGGCUUUCUUCGGUGUCAUCUCCUCUGGGCUGGCAGUCGUCUCCUCUUUUGGUUUGCUGCUUUACCUCAGAGUCCCGUUUGUUAUAACUGUGGCAAACUCUCCUUUUCUAAUACUUGGAAUCGGUCUCAACAACAUGUUCAUUAUGGUGUCGGACUGGCAGCACAGCCAUGUGACAGACCCCGUACCGAAGCGGAUGGCUCACACCUACAAAGAAGCUGUCAUGUCCAUCACCAUCACUGCCCUGACAGACGUCCUCAAGUUCUUCAUAGGCGUCAUGAGUGACUUCCCGUCUGUGCAGUAUUUUUGCUUGUACACCGCCACCUCCAUAAUCUUUUCCUACAUCUACACUAUCACCUUCUUUGGAGCUUUCAUGGCUCUAAAUGGCCUCCGAGAGGCCGGAAACAGGCACUGGCUGACCUGCAUGAAAAUACCAUCGAACAAAACCAAUAACUCUGAAAUAUUCAACAUCUUCUGUGGGGGGGGUGACUAUGACAAGACAACAGGAGCAGAGAAUAAACCUCCAGCCAGUCGUUUCUUUAAGAAGUAUUACGGACCAUUUUUGAUGAAACCCUGGGUGAAGGGGGUUGUAAUCUUACUUUACGUGGCGUAUUUGGCUGCAAGUAUUUUUGGAUGCUUCCAUGUAAAAAAGGGAAUUGAACUUUAUGAUCUGGCGGCUGAUAACUCCCAUGUUAUAACAUUCAGUAAGAAGGACAGAGAUUAUUUCUCUGAUUACGGUCCAUCUAUCAUGGUUAUUGUAAGUGAAGAAUUCCCAUACUGGGAUAAUAUCAAAAGGCAUCAACUUCAGGGAUGCAUAGAAAACUUUAAAGAGCAACAGUUUGUUGAUACAGAAAUCUUUACAUCCUGGUUAGAUUCUUACUUAGUGUAUGGGCAAGAGACACAUUUAAACCUGGAUGAUAGAGAUGUUUUUCUCUCAAAUCUGCCUCAGUUUUUUAAUUCAUCUCCUAUCUUUAAGCAAGAUGUGAACCUCACUGGCGGAGUCAUCCACGCAUCCCGAUUUUUCAUACAAACUGUUAAUAUUUCUGAUGCUAGCAAGGAAAUUGAGAUGCUGAGUGGCCUUAAAUCCACUGCUAAAAAAUGCAGUGUAGCAUCUUUACUGGUCUAUAAUCAUGAGUUUAUCUACUUUGACCAGUACAGUGUAGUGGUGAGCAGCAUCAUUAAAAAUGUGUUUGUUAUCACGGCUGUGAUGCUGGUUGUUUCUCUCCUCCUGAUUCCUAACCCCAUCUGCUCCUUACUGGUGACUUGUUCAAUUGGUUCGGUGACUGUGGGAGUGACUGGCUUCAUGGCGCUUUGGAAGAUCAGUCUGGAUUCUAUAUCCAUGAUCAUUUUCACCGUCUGCAUUGGCUUCACUGUAGACUUCUCCGCUCACAUGUCCUAUGCCUUCGUCUCCAGCAAGAAGCUGAGUCAGGAUGAAAAGGCUGUGGAUGCUCUCUCUAAUCUGGGUUACCCCAUCCUUCAAGGUGUCUUAUCCACUGUUGUGGGGCUGUCAAUGUUGUCCAUAUCUGAGUUCCACACCUUCAGGACGUUCUUCAAUAUCUUUUUCCUCGUCAUGUUCAUCGGGAUGGUUCAUGGCCUCGCCUUCAUCCCAGUGAUACUGACAAUAUGCACAUGCUCUGAUAAAGAAGAAGCUGAAGAGGAACAUGUGAAAGUAAGCAAACUCUGA